CGUCAAGAAGCAGAGAGGGCACCCGGAGCGGCACUCUCGGCGCGGCCAGUCAGUCAGUCUCUCUCGAACCGCCGGGGUGCAGAGAGGGUUUGCCGUGUCGCGUCUGCCAGUGGCUGCGCGUGCUUCUCCACCGAUCGCUGUCUGCUCUGUCAGCCACUGCGUUCUCCGAGGUUGCGAGGUUGCGUGCCGGGCGCGAAAUGAUCGGCCGCAGGUGUGAGUGACUCGGCGCCGUUCGCAACUUGGAGUGUCCGCCCGCCCGCCCGCUCGCGUGCAGACCGACGAGAAGCCGUCGCGAUAUGAAGACCGGCACCAUGGUGUCUCGCUGGAUAGCCUGCUUAAUCAUUCUUCUGGCGGCGUUCGUUCAAAGGCACGCAGGCUUGACGUCCCACUCGCUGCAUCACCACGGGGCGCCGUACAGGCCGCUGGAGGAAGGCGACUCAAAGCCCGAGUUGGUCGUGCGGGUGCACGAGGAGGUGGUGCUAGCGUGUGACUCGGACGCGCAGCUCACCUGGAAGCACAACGGCAAGACAGUGCAGCGCACCUCGAUCUACCACCUGACAACGGACACGCUGCGGAUCUUCAGGGUCGGCCCGCAGGAGGAGGGGUUGUGGCAGUGCGAGGAGCGAGACCCCAAGAGUAAGGAGCUGCUCGCGACCAGGGCUGUUUGGAUCGUCAUCAUGGACGCUCCAAAAGGUUCGUACCUGACGGCCGAAGGGAAAGGGAAAGUCGGACCGUGGUUCAACAUUAAAGAAAACACAGCCCUGCGGAUUCGUUGUGUCGUGGAAGGCGGACGUCCAUCGCCAUCAUCCUUUGAAUGGUGGCUGCAGACGCCGGACGGCGAGCUGGACAGUCUGGCCAACUACUCCACAGGCAACAAUCUUCAGCUGGACAAAAUCAGCCGACAGCUCCACAACUGCACCGUGAGCUGUUCCGUGUCCCACGUCGCCUUGCCGACGCCUCUCAACGCUUCCACCAAACUCAACAUUACAUACAGCCCGUCGUUCGUGAUAAGCCGGCUGCCGGGCUUCGGCUUCCCGCUCUACGAAGGCAUGGCCGUGUCCCUCAAGUGCGACGUCGACUCCAACCCGCAGGCCUCGCACCGCUGGAUGAAAGACGACGGGGAUCCUCCAGUUCCUCAGACAAAAGACGGCUUUCUCAAUUUCACGUCCAUCAGCAGGGAGCACAUCGGCUGGUACAAGUGCUCGGCGCAGCACUCGCUGGGAACUUUUGCAUCCAGCGGCUACUAUCUCAACGUCAGAUAUGAAGAGAUCCUGACCAAGCAGCCUCCACGUCAGGUGGAGGUGGCCCUCGGCGGGGGCGUGACCCUGGAGUGCGCAUCCAGCGGGGUCAGCACGUCCGGUCCCAACUGUUGGGGCCGUCUCAGCGGCAACCGGCUGGAGGCAGUGGGGGCAGGGCCCCAGCUGCGUCUUGACAGCGUCCUUUAUCAGGAAGCCGGCGCUUACAGAUGCGUCGCCCCUGCAAAGCCAGAUCCGCUGCUGCUCGAGAGGAAGGCCAUGCUGCCGCCGGACAUUGAGGUUGUCGUCACAGGUCAGCCAGUGGUGUACCCCGUUAGGAGGAACCUGACCGCGGUCGGCGGCAGUCAGCUCUCCCUGUCGGUCGAGUUCUGCGCCAACCCUGAAGCAACGCACGCUUUCUGGCUCACGCAGAAUGUCGUCCUGAGGCCUGGACAGGAAGGUGGCGGCUACAUAGCGCAAAAUGUUACGGAAGGGGACUCGACGCACUGCAAACGAGCCGCUUUGACCAUCCCCGAGGUGCUGGCCGAGCACGCUGGCGAGUACCUUUUCAUCGUUCGCAGUCCACGCGGCAUGGCCGACGGCACAGUGCAGCUGAACGUGUCGCGCGGGUCGCACAGUCCGAAGCGCACGUGGUCCAGCAAGCCGGUGCUGGUGGUCGCAAUGCCACCCCCGGCACGACCCGUGCAGGAGGAGGCGGCCGCCGCCGUCGUGCCCCCGAGGGACGUGCACGACGAGCCGCCGCCCAAGGUGUCUAUGAUGCCGAGUUCCCGCGGGACGACCCACCUCGCAACACCACUCGUUUUCCUCAGUUGUAGUCUUGCGGCGACGAAACUGUUUGUGUGAUAAAAUUUGAUUGAACCAUCAGGGCUUGAUUUUUCCGCGCGAGUUUGAUUGAGAGCAGUCCUUCCAGCGGUUUGGUGCCCUCCAGUGUUUUCUCCUCCUGAAAUGUGUAUUUUGAAAGGAAAUGUUAUAUUAGAGGCUUUUCAUUUUUCUUCAGGUAAAAAACAAUUACAAUUAACCAAUUUAAAUUAGGUAUGUAAAAUUAGGAAUCAGGUAAUCCCCAUCAAAAGUUCGUCCAUCGUACUUAUUUGUUCGUAAAAAAAUGUGUCACUUUCCUCCUUCAGUCCGAUUACAUUUACAGAUGUGUAUAAUGGGUGUAUUAAAGGUAGGGUAUGUAUUUAUGCUUUCGAGGGUGUAAGACUGUGAUUCUCUUUAAAAACAAGAAAUAGGAGAAUUCAACACGAGGGCUUCUACGGAGUUGUUCAAAUAUUUUGUUUCUUUUCUUCCGCCUGCUGGAAAUGAUGUAUUUUUGCAAGUAGGAAAGACAUGUCCAUCCAAACGCACGUUGAAAUUAAUCGCAUUCUAAGCCAAACGCAGGUGCGAGACGGAACACGUGGACGUACUAGUACUUUUAAGUACGGACAAUACAGUGUGCGAUUGGAGAGCACUUAGCAUAAAGCGACGAUUGAUUGCAGAGGACUGUGUUCAAAAGUGAAAGUGUUGAAUGAGAGAACCAUAAUUUUCGGGAGUGAAAUUAUGUGGCUGCUUCCGUGUUGAACUUGAAUUAAAAAAUAUCUACCAUUGGAGAUUUAAAGCGUUGUUAUGUGAUAUAAUGAUAAUUAUGUAAUAAAACGAUAAGUUAUAAGAUUUCACCCUAUAAUAAAAUGUACCCCUUGCGUGUUGCACAAACGAGAAGCGUGGACAAGUGAAAAAUUCGAAAGUGAUAUUGGCAGCAGAUGAGAAUUAAGUGAAGAUUUCACUCUUUUAAAAUAAAUACACCUAUACGAGCAGAAAAUAACAGGAGCGUGAUUGUUGCGAAACUGUCCACUCAAAUUGUAUUGUAUAUUGAAUAUCAGAUUUUUUGGUGUAUGCGAAAAAUUGUGCAUGUGACUAAUUGUUUAUAAAAUUUCAGUAAUAAAAAUGUUUUCACGAAA